AUGGGGUCCUAUUGUGUCUGCAAAUCAGCCCCCGUUCGCAAGCUCGAAGCCGAACUCUCCUCGCUCGCUCAUAGACCCGCUUGCGCAAGAUCCAGAUCAUCGAUCGAGGAGAUAUCUGAACUAUUGGACUUUGUUCUCUAUGACACCCCCAAAGAUAAUCCAUUCCGCGACCUCAUUGCGAUGGCGUACCAGCAGGCAAUAUUGUUACAGGCGAUUAUUGCCAGUUCAGCUUUGCAUAUGUCAAACGCCUAUCAAACGGUCAUCAAGUUCUUCAAGCAUCUUAACAACGAGGGCCUCGACUCAGAGCAGCACAAGCUUAGCGGGCUCCCUAUCGAUUAG